AUGGCUUCUAUGGCCGGGUCUUUAGGUCGCCCGUGGAGGCUCGCCAGUAGGUCAGUAGCCUUGUUGGGGGGCAGGUGGCUCCAGCCUCAUACCUGGCUGGGACUCCCGGAUGCUUGGGGCCUCCCCACUCCGCAGCCCGCACGGGGUAAGACGCGCGGGAAUGAGUAUCAGCCGAGCAACAUCAAGCGCAAACACACGCACGGUUGGAUCCGACGCCUGAGCACGGCAGCCGGCAUCCAGGUUAUCCUUCGCCGCAUGCACAAGGGUCGGAAGUCGCUGAGCCAUUGA